AUGGCCGCCGCAUCACCACAGAGCCUCAGCACUCCAAAGCGCAAGCGAGGCGAGCAGCUAUGGCUCUCGCCAAUUCAGUUCUCCUUUGAGCUCGACCCUUCGUCUUCAUCUUCCGCCGCGAACCCCGACGAUGGCAGCAAUAGCCCGCGCUCAACCGUCGCCCACAAGUUCCGUGGUCUCGCGCUGGAAAGUGGGGGCGGGGCAACCAGCAACGACAACGACGACAGCGAUGCCCACGAGUCUGCUAGGAAACGGCAGAGGCCUGAUGAGAUGAUGAGAGAUGCGCCUCCUACCGUCCAUGAAGUUGUCGACCUGGACGGCAAGUCAUGUCUGCCUGCCCGGGAGCCAUCGCCAGAAGCCUCACGCGGGGCCCUGCGGGAUAAGGCGGAGGAGGAUCGUCAGCUUGCCGAAGCACCAAGGCCGGCAGACAGUAGCCUGCAUCAUGCAUACCCGUCCAUCAACCGGCUGUCCGAAUCAAAAUCCAAGGUCAAGAAGAGAACAGGCUCACCACCGUUGCGCAUGAAAAAACCAUCGAGACGUCCAUUUGACGAUGGAGACGACGACGAAAUGGAGAUUGUCGACCCCGUCAGAGCCGCACUGACGUGGCACGAGGACGAAAUCACAAUCUACGACCCCGACGAUGAAGAUGACGACGGCACUGGAAUCAACGGCAUCGGAUUCAAGCCAACACCUGCGCUGGCACAGGCCCGCGCCAUGAAGCGGAGGCAGCAGAUGGCCGAGUAUCGCAAGCGAGAGGAGAAUGAGGCACGAGCUCGACGUAACCAGCGACGACGCCGCGGACCAGGAAUCACCAUUGGCCCAGAAGAAAAGUCUCCGUCGAGAAAGGUCAGGUUUAUGGACGCAGAUGCUCAGAACAUUGCCAUUACGACGGGAUAA